AUGUACAAACUUUCGGUGUCACCAACGAGCGACCCCUUCCCGUUUGCUGCACUUGCGAUUUCUUCGUAUCUUAAGGAUACGGUCAAUGUUACUAUUGAUUAUGACCGUGAUGGGUCUGGAUGCUGUCUAACGCGAAUAUCUGACGGGACGCAAAUUGAGGAUGGUGAAUCGAUUGUGAGGACGUUGGCUAAGGAGGCACAUGCGGAGAGUAAUAGCACUCAGGGUGAAGCUCUCUUCGCGUUGGCGAAGUCACUGCCUACUACGAAGGACUUUACUGCGCUCGUUUCUGCGCUCGAUUCGUUAGAUGAUCGUCUCGCGUUGCGUACCUUCUUGGAUGGGCAUGAGAUUACAGUAGCUGAUUGGUUAGUGUGGGGAGCGAUCAAGGGAUCGUUGAAACCUUUGGGUAUUAUGAAGGGCGGAAAACAUCCUCAUUUACUUAGAUGGUUCACGUACAUUGAAUCACUGCCUACCACGCAGAUUGCUCUUAACGAGUUGGCGGAAGCUAAGUCGCGUGGCGUACAUAAAGGCAAAGCAGCCUCAUCCUUCGCAUUAGGUCUCGAGCAUGCAGAGAUGGGCAAGGUCGUGACUCGGUUCCCCCCCGAGCCGAGUGGUUAUCUGCAUAUUGGGCAUCUGAAAGCUGCGAUUCUGAAUCAGUACUUCGCUGAGAUGUAUAAAGGAAAGCUGAUCGUCAGGUUCGAUGAUACGAAUCCUGAGAAGGAGAAAGAAGAGUAUGAGGAUGCUAUCUUGGAGGACUUGGCUGUUUUGAAUAUACGUGGAGACAAGAUAUCGCAUACGUCGGAUUACUUUGACCAGUUAUAUGAUUAUGCUCUCCAGAUGAUCAAAGAUGGCAAUGCGUAUGUCGAUGAUACGGAUCGUGAAACAAUGCAAAAAGAACGUAUGGAUGGUAUUGCGUCUAAACGUCGCGAUUUGUCGGUCGAGGAAAACUUGAAGCGAUUUGACUGGAUGAAAGAAGGCACCGAGGAGGGCCUCAAGAGCUGUUUGCGGGCGAAGAUCAGUUUCACUGAUCCCAACAAAGCUAUGCGCGAUCCUGUAAUAUACCGUUGCAACCCUUUACCUCACCACCGAACCGGGGAUAAGUGGAAGAUUUACCCUACCUAUGACUUCGCAUGUCCUGUAAUUGAUGCGUAUGAAGGUGUUACUCACGCGUUGAGGACGAACGAAUACCGUGAUCGUAAUCCUCAAUACCAAUGGAUGCUUGACGCGCUCACGUUACGAAAAGUGUACAUCUGGGAUUUCAGUCGAAUCAACUUUGUCUUCACAUUCCUAUCGAAACGCAAGCUACGUGACUGUCUUGCGCUUGGACUUGCGCGUGGAUGGGAUGACCCGCGGUUCCCGACUUUCCGCGGGAUGCGUAGACGUGGGAUGACUACUGAGGCGCUUCGACAAUUCAUGCUUUCGCAAGGACCUUCGCAGAACCAAGUUCUCCUUGAGUGGGAUUCGAUUUGGACUAUUAAUAAGAAGAUCAUUGAUCCUAUUGCGCCGAGGUUCUGCGCGAUUGGAACAGAUAAGAUGGUUCAAGCUACCGUAAAGGGAGGGCCAGCGGACCCAGAGACGAAGGAAGUGCCGAGACAUAGGAAGAACGCUUCUGUUGGUUUGAAGACAACAGUAUAUUCAUCUACAAUUCUCGUCGAGCAGGAGGAUGCAAAGACGUUCGCAGACAACGAGGAGAUCACCCUUAUGGACUGGGGCAACGCGAUUGUGCGAAACAUUUCGCGAUCCGCGUCGGGGGAUGUUACGCACCUCGAUCUGGACCUACACCUCGCUGGAGACUUCAAAGCAACCGAGAAGAAGAUCACCUGGCUCGCUGUGCAAGCUCCAUCACUGCCGCUUGUACCCGUCACCCUACUCGACUACGACUACAUGGUAACGAAACGCAAACUCGAGAAAGAUGAUACUGUAGAGUCGGUUGCAACGCCACAGACGGAGUUCAAAGUCGAGGCGCUCGCGGAUGCGAAUGUCCUUACGCUGAAAGAACGUGAUACCAUUCAAUUCGAGCGGAAAGGUUACUUCAUCCUCGAUAAGAUUGUUGACGAUGCAAAUUCGAAGGGGAAGCGACUUGAGUUUAUUCGGAUUCCUGAUGGUCGUGCUGCUGGGAUUGCGCUCAAGGCACCUACGGAUACGAAGUCUUCAUCGAAGGCGAACGAAACAGUCGACUCAAACAUCAAAAUGUAUAAAGUUGAUCCGAUUAAUAAGGUCGAUAACAUUGAAGUGUCGACUUCGAUGUACAAAAUGCGGAGCGUGUAUGAGGAUUGA